ACAAUCAAUGUCUGCUUAUAACGGAACAUUUUUGUCAAAUGAAAUGCAUGUUUUUAUUUUGUAACGCAGCAAAUCGCAGUAUUGGUGUGUCGAAACGAAUUAAAUGAAUAAAUGCUUCUCAAAACACUGAUUUAUUGAUAUGGAUUUCCCACCAACACCGUCUCCUUCAGAUAGCAAUGACUAUCCUGGAAUUCCGCCUUCUUUUGACGCUCAAGACAAUACUAAGCGACGAAGUUCAUCUCGAUCAAUAAAGCGUCGACGCUUCGACGAUGAAUUAGUGGAAUACAGUCUCGGUAUUCCAGGGGCUUCGAUAGGCAAGAGUGAGAAGCGAAUGCGUACACAAUCCUACACCAGUCACUUGCCGGAGUUUCCGUUAGUGAGUGCGCCCUCCACGCCCGUGGUGCCGACGCCGCCCGACCGCCGCCGUGGCUCAGGAAAACUGUCCGUGGGUCCGGGUGUAUCUAAAAAGUCUAGGCGUAAGGGACAGCUGAGUCAGUUAUCUACAAAGGAUCUUGGAAGAUGGAAACCUACUGAUGAUCUAGCACUGAUAUUGGGAGUGCAACAGACAAAUGACCUGCGCAUAGUCCACCGGGGCAUCAAGUUCUCCUGCCGCUUUACCCUAGGAGAGCUGCAGUCACGCUGGUAUGCUCUGCUGUACAACACCGAGAUCUCCCGAGUGGCUGUAGCAGCUAUGAGGAACCUACACCCAGACUUAGUGUCUGCUGUCCAGCAGCAAGCUUUGUACUCUACAGCUGAGGAAGAUCUACUUGGCACAUUGAAUAGUAGCUCUCAACCAACAGUGGAGCGAUUCCAAGAGCUUCUAGAGCAGAACCCACAUGUGUUCUACCCGUCAAGGACUGCCAAGUCACUGAUGGCACACUGGCAACUUCUCAAGCAGUACCAGCUGCUGCCUGACCAAGUUGUGACACCACUGCCUAAAGGCACUGAUGAGAAUAUUUUGACAUUUUCUGACGCAGAAGAUACAAUGAAUGAUUCAGAAUUACCUGAUUACAAGGAAGAUGGUAUUGAUGUCGAAAUGCAGCUAGCAGACAGGAUCCAGAAGAAGGAUAUCCGGCUACUGGAGACGUCGCUGAGCCGCUGGCAGGUGCUGGUGCAGUCGGUGGCGGGCGGCGCCGAGCUGGACAAGCACACGCUGGCCGUGCUGCGCGGCCGCCGCGUGCGCUACCUCAUGCGCUCCAGGGAGGUAUGUUCGGACCUGAGCCGCUGGCAGGUGCUGGUGCAGUCGGUGGCGGGCGGCGCCGAGCUGGACAAGCACACGCUGGCCGUGCUGCGCGGCCGCCGCGUGCGCUACCUCAUGCGCUCCAGGGAGGUAUGUUCGGACCUGAGCCGCUGGCAGGUGCUGGUGCAGUCGGUGGCGGGCGGCGCCGAGCUGGACAAGCACACGCUGGCCAUGCUGCGCGGCCGCCGCGUGCGCUACCUCAUGCGCUCCAGGGAGGUAUGUUCGGACCUGAGCCGCUGGCAGGUGCUGGUGCAGUCGGUGGCGGGCGGCGCCGAGCUGGACAAGCACACGCUGGCCGUGCUGCGCGGCCGCCGCGUGCGCUACCUCAUGCGCUCCAGGGAGGUAUGUUCGGACCUGAGCCGCUGGCAGGUGCUGGUGCAGUCGGUGGCGGGCGGCGCCGAGCUGGACAAGCACACGCUGGCCGUGCUGCGCGGCCGCCGCGUGCGCUACCUCAUGCGCUCCAGGGAGGUAUGUUCGGACCUGAGCCGCUGGCAGGUGCUGGUGCAGUCGGUGGCGGGCGGCGCCGAGCUGGACAAGCACACGCUGGCCGUGCUGCGCGGCCGCCGCGUGCGCUACCUCAUGCGCUCCAGGGAGGUAUGUUCGGACCUGAGCCGCUGGCAGGUGCUGGUGCAGUCGGUGGCGGGCGGCGCCGAGCUGGACAAGCACACGCUGGCCGUGCUGCGCGGCCGCCGCGUGCGCUACCUCAUGCGCUCCAGGGAGGUAUGUUCGGACCUGAGCCGCUGGCAGGUGCUGGUGCAGUCGGUGGCGGGCGGCGCCGAGCUGGACAAGCACACGCUGGCCGUGCUGCGCGGCCGCCGCGUGCGCUACCUCAUGCGCUCCAGGGAGGUAUGUUCGGACCUGAGCCGCUGGCAGGUGCUGGUGCAGUCGGUGGCGGGCGGCGCCGAGCUGGACAAGCACACGCUGGCCGUGCUGCGCGGCCGCCGCGUGCGCUACCUCAUGCGCUCCAGGGAGGUAUGUUCGGACCUGAGCCGCUGGCAGGUGCUGGUGCAGUCGGUGGCGGGCGGCGCCGAGCUGGACAAGCACACGCUGGCCGUGCUGCGCGGCCGCCGCGUGCGCUACCUCAUGCGCUCCAGGGAGAUCGCAGUGGGGCGGAGCACCCGCGACCACACGAUCGACGUGGACCUGACGCUGGAAGGCCCCGCUGCCAAAGUGUCCCGCAAGCAGGCCACCAUCCGAUUGAGAAACACGGGUGACUUUUUCAUGUCAUCGGAGGGCAAGCGGCCGAUCUUCGUCGAUGGUCGGCCCGUACUUCAGGGGAAUAAAGUGAAGCUCAAUCAUAACAGCGUUAUUGAGAUUGCGGGCCUCUGCUUCGUGUUUCUCAUCAACCAGGACCUCAUUAGCGCCAUUCGACAAGAAGCCGUUAAAGUGAAUAUUCCUGUAUAAAAGUUUACAAUAAAGGGGAUUAGUUAAUACAUA